AUAUUCUACCAUUUCGAAGAAAGAUGUAGGAAGUAGCAGACGGCAAGAUUGUCAUCGUCUGUCAAGGGUAGAAUUUAGUCAGAAAUACUUCUUUAAAUACUAACUCGAUCAUGGCAUCAGAUCAGAAGAGGCAGCCAAAGUACAAAUUUGGUUUGUUGGAGACUCCAAGUACUUCAGACUUGUCAUCAAUCAGCACCCACCUGGUAGCAGCAUGCAGGGACGUUUAUCAUGACCACCCAGACUCGACAACUACUGCAUCAGCAUACCCGUCGAGCACUACAUCACUAGGUUCAGCCAGGCAUGGCACGACCCGGUUCCGAACACCAGCACGUGACUCGGUGUCACGGUCAAAAACUCCAGGCUCUCAUUGCACUCCGCACGGUGGUACAUCGACUACACCAUCAGCAGACCCAACCUAUACCAUCGUUGUGGCUCUGGUUGAAGGUCGAGGAUUAGCACGAGGGGAGAUUGGGAUGGCUAGUCUGAACCUUAAGUCUCCAGUGCUAGUUUUAUCACAGUUUUCAGACAGCCAGACAUACGUGAAGACCGUCACCAAACUACAGAUUCUACAACCUCUUGAAAUUAUUAUGCCAAAUACUGCAUGUGAAAGUGGGAACAUGUCGAAACUUUUCAAAUUGAUCACCGAUCACUUCCAGUAUACCAGCGUCUCCACGGUGCAGAGAAAAUACUUCAAUGAAACUAAAGGGCUGCAGUACAUUCGACAGUUGUGUCUUUCUGAAUGUCAGGCCAUUGAGAUGGAAGUUUCAGCCAAAUACUAUUGCCUGGCUGCCACAGCUGCUCUGCUGAAGUAUGUAGAGUUUAUUCAGAACAUCGUGUUUGCCCCAUCAUCACUGAAAGUUGUCUUCAAGGGAAGUGAACACACGACAAUGAUAGAUGCAUUUACUUCUAAGAACCUGGAGUUGUUGCAGAAUCUGCGAGAUCCAAAAAGUGAGCAUACUCUAUAUGGAAUUCUGAACUACACUAAAACACCAGGGGGAGCCAGGUUACUGAGAUCAAAUAUUCUACAACCUCCUUGUGACUUGGAAACCAUUAACACGAGGCAAGAAAUUGUUGUUGAACUAACUGAGAAGGAACAAAUCUUUUAUAACCUGCAGUCAGUUAUUGGGCGUUUUAUCGACAUAGAUCAUCUAAUUUCUCUUUGCGUUCAAAUUCCGAAACAGGAAUCGGUGAAAACGUCCGAUUCAAAAAUCACCAACAUAAUUUAUCUGAAGCACACUCUGGAACUAGUCGCACCACUGCUGGAAUUUCUCAAAGAUUGUGAAAAUCCACUGCUUAAAGCUUAUUGUAAGUCACUGGAGGACAGCCGGUUUGAUGCCAUGAUAAAGAGUAUUAACAGUGUUAUCCAUGAAGACACCAAGUACCAAAAGGGAGCUCUCAACAUGAGGACACAGAAGUGCUUUGCAGUCAAGCCAAAAGUAAAUGGUCUUCUUGACCUAGCCAGGAGAACAUACACAGAAAUUGUGGAUGAUAUUGUUGGAGUUGUCAAACAGCUGGGUGAACAGUACAACCUUCCUCUUCGAACUGGGUUCAGUACGGCUCGCAAUUUCUACAUACAGCUCUACUGUGGUGGCUCGGAACAACAUUCAGAGGAAAAUCUGCCCGGAGUUUUCCUUAAAGUUACCAAGUUCAAAAGUACACUCAGCUUCACAACAACUGACCUGAUUCAACUGAAUGAUCGUACAAAAGAAUCGCUUCAAGAGAUUUAUUUAAUGACAAACAUUGUCGUCACUCAGUUGCUGACUGAUAUCCGAGACCAUGUCUGCUGUCUGUACAAGUUGUCCGAGUGUGUUUCCAUGCUGGACAUGCUCCUGUCCUUCGCACAUGCCUGUACACUCUCCUCUUAUGUAAGACCAGAAUUCACCGAUACCUUAGCAAUCAAACAAGGCCGACAUCCAAUUCUGGAGAAAAUUGGUGUUGAUGUGCCAGUUCCAAACAACACUUACGCCUCAGAAGACAGUAACUUUGUCAUAAUUACUGGACCUAAUAUGAGUGGCAAGUCGACGUAUCUUCGUCAGGUGGCCCUGCUACAGAUCAUGGCUCAGCUCGGCUCGUUUGUCCCCGCAGAAUACGCAUCUUUUCGAAUAGCUGACCAGAUCUUCUCGCGCAUCGGCAGUGAUGAUGACAUGGAGACCAACUCAUCAACGUUCAUGCUGGAGAUGAAGGAAAUAAACUACAUUGUGCAGAACGUGACUCCGACUUCUGUGAUCAUCAUUGAUGAGCUCGGUCGAGGUACAAGUGCAGAAGAAGGUGUUGGUAUUUGUUAUGCUGUUUGCGAACACUUACUCAAAACAAAGGCAUACACCUUUUUUGUAACACAUUUUAUGGAACUGACAAACUUGGACAAUUUGUAUCCUAAUGUAGAAAACUACUUCCUGGAGGUGCAGAGAUCGUUUAGUGUGGAAGGAAACUGUGAGAAGAUACAUUACACUCAUGUCCUGUCCAAAGGCAAAACCAAAGAGAAACAUUACGGGCUCCAACUGGCUGAGGUGUCUACCAUUCCACAUUCAGUGAUUGCAGAUGCAAAGAAUAUUUCUGUCAAGUUGGAGGAACAAAAGAAGAGAAAUAUGACAACCGACCCCGAGAAUCAGCGACAAAGGUCUGUGUUUAAACUGGGAAUAGCACUAGUCCAGGUAGCGAAAAACUCUCGCCUCGACCAUGACAGCUUAAAAAGUUACCUACAAAACCUAAAGACCCAGUAUCUCAAGGAAUUUGGUAAUAUUUAGGGAUAACAUGUUGUUACACUAUGUUCAUCUUUAAAACAGCACUCUUGAAAUUAUGUGAUAUUCUUUUCAUCACUGUAAAAGUUAUUGAAACAAUGUGAUAACAUUUGUUAUACACUGUUCAUCUUAUUGAAACAGCUGUUGAAACAGUGUGAUAACCAUUUGUUAUAUUCCAUGUUCAUCUUAUUAAAACAGCUGUUGAAACAGUGUGAUAACAAGU